AUGGCCGACAACUGGGAACAAGAGGAGGAGCGCCUCGCGCAGCAGGCGCAGGGCAUGAACCUCAAUAACACGCCGACUUUCACACCAGGAGCGCAGUCGUUCCAGCCGGGCGCGAACUCAUUCGUCCCUGGCCAGGCCUACGGUGGCUACGGUGGCUACAACCAGUAUGGCCAGCAGCAGUACGGUGGAUACAACCAGUACGGCGGCCAACAAUACGGUGGCUACCAGCAGCAGCAGCAGCAGCAAGGCUACCCCCAAUAUGGACAACAGUACGGUGGUCAACAAGGAGGAUACCCCAACUACGGACAGGGGUACCAACAGCAACAGAACUUCCAGACCCAGCAGCCGCAACAAGGCCAGGCCCCCGUACGGAUAGCAAAGCGGGGGGAUACCGACAUGGCUGGCUCAGAGAGUGCUGCGCCUGCUGAGGCUAAGAAGGAGGCCCCCAAGGCAAAGGUUCUGUCAAUCGGUGGCGACAGCGCGCCCAAGGCAAAGGUUUUGUCCAUUGGAGGCGACACCACAGCGCCAAAGGUCGAGAAGACAGGUGGUACAAAGGUCCUCAGUCUAGGCACACCCGCCGCCCCAUCAGCUGCGAAGGAAAAGGCAGAGAAGGAGAAGGGCUCCGCCGAUGCUGGAACCAAGGUCACCGCCGCGAAAGCCAUUGAGAAGACUGGAGAGCCUACCCCGGCCUCUGCAGGCUCUGGCAGGACCUCGCCAACGCCUUCUUCUGGCCGUAACAGCCCAACACCCAAGGCUGCUGAGAAGGCUGCUGCCAAGGCACAAGAUAUUGAGAAAGAAAUGGAGGAGGUUGUAGACGAGGCCACCCUUGCCGAGAUCUACGGCAAGGAGCACGUCAACAUCAUCUUCUUGGGUCACGUUGACGCAGGAAAGUCCACUCUUGGUGGCAGUAUCCUGAUCUCCACUGGCAUGGUCGACGAGCGAACCCUCGACAAGUACAAGAAGGAAGCAAAGGACGCUGGCCGUGAAACCUGGUACAUUUCGUGGGCGCUCGAUUUGAACAAGGAAGAACGACAGCAGGGUAAGACUAUCGAAGUUGGUCGAGGUUUCUUCGAGACAGAGAAGCGACGAUACUCCAUUCUGGAUGCGCCUGGUCACAAGACAUAUGUGCCCAACAUGAUCAGUGGUGCCUCACAAGCAGAUGUCGGUAUUCUCGUCAUCUCUGGGCGUAAGGGAGAGUAUGAGACAGGAUUCGAGAAGGGUGGGCAAACCCGAGAGCACGCUAUGCUGGCCAAGACACAAGGUGUUAACAAAAUCCUCAUCGUUGUCAACAAGAUGGACGAUCCUACUGUUGAGUGGUCCGAGGACCGAUUCAAGGAGUGUACUACCAAGGUGGUAAUGUUCUUGAAAGGUCUCGGAUACAACCCAAAGACCGAUAUCAGUAUGAUGCCGGUCAGCGCGCAAACAUUCACAGGUAUCAAGACCCGUGUACCAAAGGAGCUGGCACCAUGGUACGACGGUCCAUCCCUACUUGAGUACCUCGACAACAUGCAAGCACUUGAGCGCAAGCUCAACGCGCCCUUCAUGAUGCCCAUCGCUGCCAAGUACAAGGACAUGGGUACUAUGAUUGAAGGCAAGAUCGAGUCUGGUAUUAUUAAGAAGGAACAAAAGUACCUUAUGAUGCCCAACCGACAAACAAUUCACAUCUCGGCUUUGUAUGGUGAACAGGAAGACGAAAUUCCUGGCGCAACUUGCGGCGACCAAAUUCGCGUCCGACUCAGGGGUAUUGAAGAAGAAGACAUUCUGCCUGGAUACGUUCUAUGCUCACCGAAGCGACCCGUCCACUGCGUCUCCCAGUUCGAGGCCCAGGUCGUACUCCUUGACAUCAAGUCUAUCCUCACAGCCGGAUUCAACUGCGUGCUUCACGUCCACGCCGCGCAAGAAGAAGUCACCAUCACGGCCUUGUUGCAUAAGCUGGAGAAGGGCACUGGACGAAAAUCGAAGAAGGCACCAGGAUUCGCUACUAAGGGUAUGAGCAUCAUCGCACGUCUACAGAUCACUGGUACAGCCGGAAGCAUUUGUGUCGAGCGAUUUGAAGACUACCCGCAGCUUGGUAGAUUCACGCUCCGUGAUCAAGGUCAGACGAUCGCGAUUGGAAAGAUCACUAAGCUCAUCACGGACACUGAGGCUUAA